AUGCCCGUGCAUAGAUUGCAUUCUUCCGUUAAGCAACAUCCUGAACAGAGUUCAUGCUUAUGGCUUAGUGAAGAAUCAAGUGAAAGCAGAACAGUUGACCCAGUUGCGCCUUGCUUUUCCGCAGCAAUUCCUUUACUCAGCUCUCUACCAGCAACUCCCUGCCUUGAUCCCAGAAAUUUUGAAAUUGAGGUUGAAUUCCAGUCUGACGAGCAAGCACCUUUUCAGCUGGAGACUCCAAAUUGCAAUAAAGAUGAGCUUGAUCCAAAUGAAGAGAAGCCGGAUGACACAAUACAGCUCAACUCUCCCACCCAAAGCUUUAUCAAUCCAUCAAGUAUGAACUGUUCGGGCACAAAUACGAACGUGAAGCCAGCUACGAGUGCAAAUACAGAACAUAUCAUCAUUUUAGGCAGCAAUUCAGCAAAGGGUAUACAUGAGGAGCAUUCCCAGCUACAGGGAAACACCGACGACAAAAACUCAAAUGAUGAUCAAACUAAUAUUGGUGAUGUUUGCCGACCGUUUAUAAGAGCCAAAGCAAGAGCACGGCUGUACGUUAAUAACGUGAAAAAUCCGGAUACUCCCAAGCUUCGUCACAGACUGAAUAAAAAAGAAAAGCGAAAGCUGUUUCAGCUCAAGGAUCAGAGCUUGACCUUGAGGCAGAUUGGGCUUCAUUUUACGGAGAUAGAACCAGCUGCUCUGCGUCAAGCUUGGAAGGCCAUGGAGGUUCCUCAACGAUGCACUAGAUCACGAGCUCAUCUAAUGUGCCAUCGUCGCAGUGUUCAUUGA